AUGUCAAUGAAAUUAAAAAUAAAAUCCUUUUUCGGACCAUCAAGACAAUAUGCUGUCACAGGUGCAUCCAAUAACCCUUCCAAGUUUGGGUUUAAAAUCUUGCUGUGGUAUAUUAGUCAUGAUUUACCAGUGGUACCAGUUAAUCCAAAGGAAACAGAAAUUUUGGGACAACAGGUGAUUCCAAAUGUAACUAAAAUUAUUUCCAGUAUUCAAGACCAUUCAAAAGUUGGACUGCAUGAUUUCUCAUCCACUGAUGGUCUUAGUAUUUCCUUCUUAACUCCCCCACAUAUAACCGAGGCAACUUUGCGCGAAAUUGCUGGAAUCCUGGGGUAUCAACAAAUAAUCAAGGGACUUUGGUUUCAACCAGGUUCUUAUGACCAAGCUGUCUUGGAAACUGCAGAAAGUAUCGGAUUGUUUGAUAAAGUUGUGUAUGAAGACGAAUGUAUUUUAAUAAGAGGAGAAGAAGGUCUAGUUAGUGCAAACCUAUAG